UAGUGAGCCUGUGUUCUGUCCUCUGCAAACACUUUCUUCUCUUCUUUUGAUGAAUGGAAGAACAAUAAUUACAUGAAACCGGGAAGCGGUUUCCAAAGUCGUGGUUUAAGAAUCUGCUCAUCUAUUCUAAAGAAAUAACUGUGAUUCGGUGCGGGUUAUUAGUUGACCGGGUUAAAAGAGGUUGACCCCGUAGAUAUCCCAAAUCCUAAUUUAUAUGUUAAAAAUAAUUUAAUAAGAAAAGUAUUUUUUGGUUGUGGCCGUCGGUAAAAGUAUAAGCUUCUUUUCUCAGUAGUUUUGUGGUGCGUGUGUGAAGUGGAGGAGGGAGAUGCCUUCAAUGGCUCACGGCGGAGUGAGUAACUCAACGAGUAAUAAACUUGACUCCAAAGUCUUACCCAAUGACUCCUUUGCCAGGAGGAAAAAGAUUUUGCAACAGAGAAAGUCUCUACCAAUAGCUUCAGUUGAGAAACGACUUGUCGAGGAGGUUCGUAAAAACGAUAUUUUGAUUAUUGUUGGUGAGACUGGAAGUGGGAAAACAACUCAAUUACCCCAGUUUCUUUUUCAUGGUGGAUUUUGUAAUGAUGGUAAAGUUAUUGGAAUAACACAACCUAGACGUGUUGCGGCUGUCACUGUUGCAAAAAGGGUUGCUGAAGAAUGUGGUAUUGAGUUGGGCCAAAGAGUUGGGUAUUCCAUUAGGUUUGAUGAUAGGACUUCUGGUACAACAAGGAUCAAGUACAUGACAGAUGGAUUGCUCCUGAGGGAAGCAUUACUGGAUCCAUAUCUCUCUAGGUAUUCUGUCAUCAUUGUUGAUGAAGCUCAUGAGAGAACUGUCCAUACCGAUGUGUUGCUGGGCUUGCUAAAAAAGGUGCAAAAUGCGAGGUCCAAAACUGUUGAUGACCACUCUAAUGCCGAUAAUAAGAAGGCAAGCAAUGGUAGGCUGUUUGACAAAGAAAAUGGUGUUCAGUGCAACAGUAGUUUUAAGCAAUGCCAAGGAAGAAAGUUCCCCUCAUUGAAGUUAAUAAUCAUGUCAGCAAGCUUGGAUGCUCAAGUUUUCUCAGAGUACUUUGGUGGUGCGAGAGCUGUUCAUAUCCAAGGACGACAGUUUCCUGUUGAUAUACUUUAUACCCUCUAUCCUGAGCCUGAUUAUAUGGAUGCGGCCUUAAUUACAAUAUUCCAGAUUCAUUUGGAGGAGGGCCCUGGUGAUAUACUUGUAUUUUUGACUGGACAAGAAGAGAUUGAAUCAGUUGAAAGACUUGUGCAGGAGCGACUUCAACAGUUACCUGAAGCCAGUCGAAAGUUGAUAACUGUUCCUAUAUUCUCAUCUCUUCCAUCAGAACAGCAAAUGCGAGUUUUUGCACCAGCUGCAUCUGGGUUUCGUAAGGUGAUACUGGCAACAAAUAUUGCUGAAACAUCGGUGACAAUACCUGGAAUCAAGUAUGUUAUUGAUCCUGGAUUUGUUAAAGCACGUACCUAUGAUCCUGUCAAAGGGAUGGAAUCAUUGAUUGUUGUACCCAUCUCAAAAGCACAGGCUCUUCAAAGAAGUGGACGUGCAGGUCGUGAGGGGCCAGGAAAGUGCUUCCGUCUCUACCCAGAGAGUGAGUUUGAGAAACUUGAGGAUUCAACAAAGCCAGAAAUCAAGCGCUGCAAUCUGUCAAAUGUUAUUUUGCAGCUCAAGGCAUUGGGUAUUGAUGAUAUCAUUGGGUUUGACUUUUUGGAAAAACCUUCAAGGGCAUCCAUCAUCAAAUCGUUGGAGCAGUUGUUCUUGCUUGGUGCUUUAACUGAUGACUGUAAGCUGUCUGAUCCAGUUGGGCAUCAAAUGGCUCGGCUCCCCUUAGACCCCAUUUAUUCUAAAUCUCUCAUUGUAGCAAGUCAGUUCAACUGUUUGGAAGAAAUGCUGAUAACUGUUGCGAUGCUCUCAGUGGAAUCCAUCUUCUAUGCCCCUCGGGAAAAGUUAGAAGAGGCAAGAACGGCAAUGAAAUGUUUUGCAAGUCCAGAUGGAGAUCACCUCACUUUGAUUAAUGUUUUUCGAAGAUCAGAGGAGUUCUUAGAGAAUAGAAAGAUGGAAAUUAGUAAAGAAAAAAAUGAAAAACUUUUGAGAAAAUGGUGCAAGGAAAAUUUUAUAAACAGCCGUUCUCUAAGACAUGCCCGUGACAUUCACAGUCAAAUUCGAGGGCACGUUGAACAAAUGGGUCUUCGUAUUUCUUCCUGUGGAGAUGAAAUACUUCAAUUCCGUAGGUGCCUUGCUGCUUCCUUUUUCCUCAAUGCAGCUUUGAAGCAGCCUGAGGGAACAUACAGGGCUUUGGCAAGUGGUCAGGCGGUGCAGAUCCAUCCUUCAUCUGUCUUAUUUCGGGCAAAACCAGAGUGCAUAAUUUUCAAUGAAAUGGUCCAAACUAAUCAUAAGUACAUCCGCAACGUUACUAGAAUUGAUUAUUUGUGGUUAACUGAGUUGGCUCCUCAAUUUUAUACCAUGCAGAAUUAAAUUUUCAGGCACUAACUUUAACAGCUUGAUGUCUCAAUUUUUAUCUUUCAACAUGGAAAUGAGAGCAAGAGGAUUGUCAUUCUUUAGCAUAUUUGGAUUACUUAUUCAGAGAAAUGGAUAUUUCUAAUGAAAAUCCUAUUGGGAAGACAACAGUUGAUGGUUAAAUGCAUCCUGGUCCAUACGUUCGAACACUGCUUCUGAAAGAGUAGCUGAAAUUUUUUGGAGGAUUUCUCUAUGCUUGUCCUGCCACUUCCAGAUGGAACUCAUUGGAAUUAGAGGCUGCAUAAAGGGCAACUGUGUUUCAGUUUUUCCUUUGGGUGGACUUACUAACGUCGCAUGUUAAGAGAAGCCUGGUUGUUGUGUGAAAUCACUGGAGGAAAAAAACUAAAGUGGUGGCUUCAAGUUAGUUUGUGUCGAAUACAGCAUGUAUAUAAUGGGUGCGUGGUUGUGCAUUUCUGCACAUUGUCACUGUGCGACCCAUUCUGAAGGGCUAUACAAGAUUAAGGUUAUUAGAGAUAAGUUUUUUUUUAUUGUUUUUCCAUUUCAAAUCAUCAAAAUUCUUGAAUUAUUAUCAUGGGAACUGUCUGAUCUAUAAAUGGUGUUGUCUGAUGCUACUACACUUUUUCAUAGCAGCCAACUUGUAUCUUACCUUGUAAAACAUUAGCUCAAAGCAAGACAUAAGGAUGUGAGUAGUUUAAUUUCA